UGGCGGUUGGCGCAUGCGCACUACGCGGAGGCGGCCCAGGCCAUGGCGGCCGUUUAAAGGUAACCGAUUUGAGCCCAACCGGAGCGGCGGUUUUUUUCCCCUUUUUUUCAAAUUGUAUUUAUUACCAUCGUUUUUAUUAUUUUGUUUGUAGAGCACCGCCCCACUCCUUUUUCCCCCCCGGGUUCUCUUCCCGCGCUCUGCUGCUUUUUUUUAGGCCGCGGUUGAGCCUCGAAAGGACGACCGAGGCGGAGGGGCCAGAGGAGGAGGAGGAAGCGGGGGAAACAACUCCUUGAAUUCCCGCGCCCCGUCUUCAUUUUUCCUCCCUUCCACCCAGGAAAAAGACAACUUGGCGGGCCAGGAACCAUUGCGAAAGGGGAUUAUUUCUCUCUCUCUCUCUCUCUCCUCAACCCCCCUUUUUUAUUUAGCAUUGAGGGAAGUUCAAUUUUUGGCAGGUCAAAGGUCACCUGCAAUCUGCAACCCCCCCCCCAAUUAGUAUUUUAUUCCAUGGGGACGACGCUGUUGUUAAUAAGGAGCCAUUCUUUCUAGCCCUGUUUAAAAAGGGCGCAGCUGAAUGGCUUCUCCUCUCAUCCCCAAAAAGCUCCUGAGGAGAAGAGCCUCAUAAAGGAGGCAGAAAGGCCCAUUGCCAGUGUAUUUUUUGAGCCCUGGAGUACCCCUCCUCAUAAUAGUGACAUGAGGGACUACUACUAGUAGUAGUUGAGAGGAACUCAGUAACUCAAAGAGUUACUCUCCAUUCUUAUUUGGCCCUCGACAAAAAACACACAACCCCCCCCCCCCCCAAUUCUCCCUCCUUUUAUUUUUAAUGGGAGGUUUGAGACUCUCCCAAUAACUAAUUGGUUUUUUGGAGGGGUCUCCUCCCCAAAUGUUGCCACUGAGACCCAUAGUGUCCCUUAAAAAGGGGCCUGAAGCGCUUUGUGUCCCCAUAUCUUAUCCCCCCCCCCAGAGGAGAAACUGAGGAAAGUGGGGACCAAGAGUACCCCUGUUCCUUAGAAAUGGACCCAAGGUUGACUCUUGUUGUUGGCACCUAAGUGCCUUUCCUUGUGAGGGGCUGGUUUUUUGGGGCAGCAUUAGCAGUGAGCAAAGAGCCAGGAACUUAAAUAACCCAAGCCCCCCCCUUUUUGGGUUAAGUAGCCACCCACUCCUUGGAGGAGCAGAGGGGCUCCCCAUUUUCCUCUUCGUGUGGGUUUGGGGUUAGUUAGUAACCCAAUCCCUAUGGUGUCUUUGUGUUAGUAAGGCCAGCUAGUAAUCCUAGGGAAGAGUAAGGGGCUCCCCAUUUUCCUCUCCCCACAGUGUGCCUGUUUGGGGUUAGUUACUACCCCACUUCGUUGUGCUAAGUAGCCACUCGUUUCUUAGGGGAGUAGAGGGGCUCCCCCUUUUCCUCUCCCUACAGUGUGUUUGGGAGUAGGUAGUAACCCAAUUCCUGUAGAAUCUCUGUUAGUAAGGCUAGCUAGUAAUCCUAGGCAGAGUAGAGGAGCUGCCCCGUUUCCUUUCCCUAUAGCGUCCGUGUUUGAGGGGGUAAGCCCCCCGUUCCCUCCCCUUGGCUGCAGUUUCGGGGCGAGCGAUGGGCCCGGAGGGGGGCAGAGGGAGGGCGCCCGGUCCGUAGGGAAAAAGAGGGGGCCUCGGGGAGAGAGAGAGAGAGAGAGAGGCGGCGAGGGAGAAAGCCAAGGGGGGCGAUGGGUCUUGGGGGGGCGGGAGGCGAGGACGACGGCGGCGGCGCCCCCCGAGGGCUCCCAGUGGGGGGUUCGGACCGGAGGGGAGAAGGAGGCGGCGGAGGAGCCGGCGGCGGCGGAGGAGGAGGCACCGCCAACACCGGAGGAGAGGGAUCCGGAGCCUGAAGGGGGCUCCUCCACGGCCAUGAGAUCCACCGUCUACAAAGCAACCGCGGCCGCCCCAACCACGACGACGACGACGACGACUGGGCCGGGCUUGCUGGAGCCUGGCCCGGAGGAAGAGGAGGAGCCGCCGCCGACACCGCCGCCUCCGCCUCCCCCGCAGAGCCAGACCCCAGUGGCGGCUGCGGUUGCUGCUGCAGCGGAGGAAGGGAAGGAGGAAAGCGGCGGCGGCGGCGGCUGCUGCUGGGGCGGCCCAGUCCCUCGUCCGUCGGUGGUGGGCGAUGCCGCCGGGAGCCCCCGCCCCUCCAAGUUCCAGGCGGUGCUGCUGCUGCCUGGACAAACCGCGGCGGCGGCUGCCUCCGUUGCAGCAGCCGCCGCCGCCGCCGCCGCUAAGGACGGCAAGCACGGCGGCAUUGGUGCUACUCCCGGAGGAGCCCCGGCCUCUCUGUCCCCUUCUUCUCCUCCUCCUCCGACGUCGGCUUCCGCCACGGCUGAGCCCGGACAGCCUCCACCCCCAGCGGCGGCGGCAGCGGAGGAGGAGGGAACUCCUCCGGUUUCAUUGGAGCCCAGUUGCAAGUGGAAAAGCGGCGGCGGGAGCAGCACCACCAGCAGCACCACUAGCAGCAGCAGCAGCUCCGGCAGCGGCCUUCGGAAGAGCCCCAUGGGGGCCGGCGGGGGCGCCUCCAGCCAGGCGGCCUGCCUCAAGCAGAUCCUGCUGCUCCAGCUGGACCUCAUCGAGCAGCAGCAGCAGCAGCUGCAGGCCAAGGAGAAGGAGAUCGAGGAGCUCAAGGCCGAGAGGGACACACUCCUUGCUCGAAUUGAGCGUAUGGAAAGGAGGAUGCAGCUGGUGAAGAAGGACAAUGAGCGCGAGAAACACAAGAUAUUUCCAGAAUAUGAAACAGAGGAGAAGGUUGAAUCUGAAGUUCCAGAGAAGUUGCCUAUAGAAUGUCCACCACCAGAGCUCUUGGAGACAUCCCAACCGUUGCCUUUGAAACACUUCCCAUAUGGAAGGAAUGGAAAGGGCCACAAAAGGAAGUCUCCAUUUGGAAGUGCUGAGAGGAAAACUCCAAUGAAGAAGCUGGUGUCUGAAUUCUCAAAAGUCAAGUGUAAAACUCCAAAGGCUUCUGCACUGAAAGAAGAACCCAGCAGUUCUUUGACUGAAUCAAUUAGCAGACGUGAACUGAGAAGUCAGGAGACUCCUGAAAAAACCCGAUCACUGGGAGACACUCCUCUGAAAUCCUCAGCAUCUUUGAAAGGACAUGGGUGCCAUUCAAAGGAAAAGGACUCCUGCAGUGAAAUAGAAGACUUACCAUACCUUUCCACCACUGAAAUGUACUUGUGCCGGUGGCACCAGCUGCCUCCUUCACCGUUGCGAGAAACUUCUCCCAAGAAGGAGGAGAUUGUAGCAAUUCCAUCAUGGAGGGACCACACAAUAGAGCCUCUGAGAGACCUGCAUUCUUCAGAGAUUGUGGAGAACCUAGAUGACAGUGUCUUCUCCAAACGGCAUGCAAAGUUGGAACUGGAUGAGAAGAGAAGGAAAAGGUGGGAUAUUCAGCGGAUUCGGGAACAAAGAAUUUUGCAGCGACUGCAGCUCAGAAUGUAUAAAAAGAAAGGAAUUCAAGAAUCUGAGCCUGAAGUUACCUCAUUUUUCCCAGAGUCAGAUGACGUUGAAAGCUUGAUGAUCACCCCUUACUUGCCUGUUGUAGCAUUUGGCCGACCAUUACCAAAAUUAACCCCACAGAACUUUGAACUGCCAUGGUUGGAUGAACGAAGCCGUUGCCGGUUGGAGACACAGAAGAAACAGACACCUCACCGGACAUGCAGGAAAUAGGUGUGUCCAACUAGGAGAAACCUCUGCCUUGAUAGACUUAGCCUGUGCUGUUUGCAACAAGUGGCAGAGAACUGUAUAUGUCCUUUCAUGUCAAUCUCCCCUCUUGAUGUACAUUCUUGUUCACUAUAAAUAUUUUUUUAUGCUUUCAUAUGGUUUCCUUCUCCGAGACCUCAAAACUCUUCAUCUGUUGUCCAUUAUUUUCUUUUACUUGGGAGAAACUACUGGGUUUAUUUUUUCAGGGUUUUUUUUUUGGUUGAGACAAUGUUGCCAGGUUGCAGUUGGCAACUUCAGUUGAACUGUAUUGAAGAGUUGCAGCAAGCAGUCUGGAAACUAUGAAAGAUGGACAAGCAUGAAAAUAUAACAGUACUGUUCUCAUUUGUAAGGUAUCACAAACAUGAAGGCUGCCUCUGUUUUCAUAAAACUCAUAUGGUUCUUCAAAAUAUCUCAUCUGCUCCUUAAGGGCAUUGAAAACGAGGCACGGGUGGUAUUACCCAUCAAAGCACAUUGGGCAAAGAGACAUUUCCAUUUGGCCUGCUGCUUGCAACUGCUGUUCUAAAAAGCAUCCAAAUAUUGAUCCACGCAUUUCCUCUUGCCUCAUUUGAUCCUUUGCAUACUGCUGUGAUGAUGUGGCUUUUAAUUUUAUUUCUGGUUUUAUUGAACCCCAUUUAUGCCUCCUUCAAUUUCAAGGACAGCGGGUGAUUAAGUCUUGACUUUGUAACAUUAAUAGUGAAGGGCUGCAUGUCUGACAACUGUGCCACACUGUUAAUUUUGUCAGAACACUUGGCAUAAGCCUGGAUUAACAAUGUAGUGUCAGCCUGUCUCCAGAUUUUUCCUGGUUUGCUUUACUGAAACAUGCUUUGCGUCUCAGUUUUCCUCUGUCAGAAUACAGUGGGGUCUAAAUGGUUGGAUUUUUUAAUGACACAAAAAGUUGCACAAUUGUGGCUCCUUAAUGGAAAUGCUAAGCAUCAGCACUACCAGAUUUACUGGCGUUUGAGGUCAGGUCAUCUUAGGUAGAAACUGACUCUUGGCAUUACCAAUAGACAAAUGGACUUAAAAACUGGACUUCCCUGCUACAGCAAAAGGCAGCCACAGCCUCUUGCCUGAAGGCACUUAGUAACUGCUAUUUGCUUCCUUUCCCAGCCUAGCCAAAGUAAUUUGUUUCUAGGGGAAAAGGAGAGCAACGAGAGAGGUGAAAGGUGAAAAUAUUAUAUCCUUCCAACCAGAGACUGAUUCAUCUUCCCAAGUCUCCUUGAGAAGGAGUCGCUCCCUGUGUGAGGUCCGUUGCAGCAGUAUUUAUAUAUGCCUUUUAGAAAGGUUCAAGUCUUGCAAGAGGUGAAAUUGUCUCUACACAGUCAGCAAUUCCUAUAGGUGGGAACCAACUUUCUGUUCUCUCCCUUUUUUCUUCAGAUUACGUUAAACAAUAACAGCUGAAGCGGUCUGUCUUUCUGAAACUUAGCUGACACCUUCUAAAGUAGAUCCCAGAUCUGAAACCUUUACAAUAACUGGUGAUUAAAAAAACCACCUCUCCUGAGGACAGGGAAUUCCCGAGAAGAGGGUAUAUGUUUAUCUGCCUGCUUUAUACAAUAGCAGGAGGCUGACAUUGUCUGUGUACACACAUGUGUACAUUUAGGAAUAGUGAAGACAUUGUCUGUGUACACACAUGUAUACUUUUAGGAACAGUGAAGCUAAAAUCUUCUUGCAGUGCAUGAUGCUGCUACAUAAACAGAAUGUUUCUGGUGCACUUUUUGAAGAUCCAAUGCAGAGUGAUAUGCAUUCUCUUUAAAUGCCAAGAGCAUCAUGUAGGGAGGAUGUUCAUGCACCAAAUUGGUUCUUUCUCACCUUCCCAACCUCCAAAUACCUCCAGUAGCUACAGUUCUACUUCUGGGUUUUGUUUCCUGAAAAGUUAUAUAAAGAGAUUACACUUUCAAUGUUCACGUAGUUAAAAGUCACGAAUUCGACAAAAAUGUUAAAAUGAGAAAACAGAUCCUCUCUUUUGCCAAGUAGCCUGUGUAUUUGAGAUAGUGCACAAUGCUUGCCUAGCUUUACUUUAACUAAGGCUGUGUUUGGAUCUUUUGCUUUUUAGCAUGCCAGCAUGCAUCCUUAAGUGUUUUUUUAAAAUUAUCUUUGCCCUCUUGUUAAAAGCCUGGACAUAUAAAACAAGCAAGCCUUGAGUACAGGCUUAUUGGGAAUGGGAUUGUUGAUUUCAGAGCUUUAUCCUGCUAGCACUUGAGCCUACUUCUAACUCCAAAGUGAGCGCAAAGAGUUUGCAAGAUAUGUUCUUGAGUCUUAAGUGGAAGAGGGAGAGGAGAAUGUUUUUGCUUGGCCCCAAACAUAGCUUUUAUCAGAGAUGCCACAUCCGUUUUCCUAAAAUGCAGUAGCAAAAUCUCUCCAUCCCUACCCCUGCUCACCCCCUAUCAAGACAAUGCUGACUUAAAAGAAUGCUAUUUAAUACUAACACGUGCAAGAAGAGGAUGGGUAGGUGUCUGGAAAUAGGUAGGGGUUAUACAAAGAUUUUGCAGUGGAUGUUAACAAGGAGCGAGAUGGAAGGAAUAGUCUUUCUCCCCAAAGGGAUACAGCACUGUGAAAUUUGUAUUAACAAAAAAGCCCUUGCAAAUCAGAUCUGAUCUUUGGUUUAAAAGAAAACAUUACUUUCUUUAACCAAGUUAACAGUAGUUCUAAAAAAUGUAAUUCUGUCCCAUGCUUUGUUUUUCUGCCCUUUGACAUGUGGUUGUCUGCAAAUGCAUCCUUUUUUAUACCAUUUUAAAUAUGUAAAAUCAGUUGUCUUGUAAAUAUCUUAUAAAGGAAAAAGAAGUUUGUAAAUACCAAAUUUGUGGCUGUUAAUGUUUUGUUUUUUUUAAAAAAAAUUGCUUUGGUUCAUUUAGGUUUAACAGUGUUAACAGGGAGUAUUAAAAGAGAAGUUUCUGCUUGUAUGUUUAAACAAAAUUGAAACAAAUCAUUUUUUUUUUUACAAUAAAACAAAAAGACUAUUAA